AUGGACGCCCCCAAUUUUAUCCCUACUAUUCCAGAAAGACCAAAAAAGCACAUGGAAUCAUUUUCGAAGCAAGAAGAUGCUAUUCUGGAAUCUGUGGAUUCCAAUGAAAACAAAAUUUAUUCACGCAGUGAUAUAAAUAUGGAAGUUCCAACCAUUCCUAAAAGACCUACUAAAUCAGACCUGGACUCAGAAAGAUCACCAUCUAUGCCAGUUAUACCUAAGAGGCCAACUAGAAUGUCGUCUGAUAGGCUGAAGAAGUCAUCAGAAGAAGAAUCAAAUAUUGUAAAACUGAGAAAGCAGCCGGAACUAAAGCUUGAAAAGUCUGAACUUGACUCUGAUAAUUCCAGCUCAGGGAAAUCUCAUCCGGUUGACAAAUUGAACACGUUGGAUACUGGACUUGAGGAUAGAUCGAGUAAUGAUGCAAAUAUUGAGAAUACUUCUAUCUCAAAACCCAAAGAUGUUGAAAAUGCUUCAGAGCUCUCCGACUCAUUACGAAAUGUUCUGGGCCAAGCAGAUGAAUCACAGUCUGUUAAUAAAGUAGAAAAUUUAGAGACUUUGAAUAAGAAACAAUACGAAGUGGAUGAUAUUACAUCUAAUGAUUACUUCGAAAUCUGCUCUGAAGAAGGAGAACCUAACCGACACGAAGAGAAGCAAGGCGAGACGGAGGGCAAUCACCUAGAUCAUAAAAUAAAUGAUCCAUAUGACGAUUCUAAUGAAAUCGGAAAACUGAACGAUUCUGUAAAAUUUGACCUCGAACCUGAAACCAACAAGGAAAAAAACAAAAAUAAUGAUAUCUAUGUUAGUCAAAUAGAAGCAGAGGAAUUGAGUCCGAUUGAUCUGCAAGUCGCAAUAAAGGAUAGCGCAGAGAAACUGAGCCCGAGUGAUCUGCAAGUAUCAGUAAGGGACCUCAACUUAGCUGAUUAUAUUCCAUCGAUUCCAAAGAGACCUCUGAAACAAACAAAGGAUGCAAAGGAAGAAGAAUGGAAGAAGAGUAAUUCUGAUGAAGAGGUGAAAGUAAAAGAUAAUGCUGAUACACUGAAGAUAAAAUCUUUUGAUAAUGAACCCAGAAUUCCCCUUCGUCCGCGAAGAAAUAAUAGUGAAAGAUCUGAAAAGCAAGAUGAUGCGAAAAAGAAUAACAAUUCAACAAUAGAUAUAGAUACUACAUUAGGUUCAAAACCAGAAUCGAUUGAGUCGGCCAAGACCACAUCUGACCAUCCUGUUAUAAAAUCGGAUACCCCUAAUGGUCUCUCUGAUCAGAAUAAGCACCAUAAGGCACCUCCACCGAAGCCAAAAAAGCUCUCUUCGAAAAUAGCUGCAUUUCAACAAAUGUUUAACGCAGAACCGGACGUGGAACCCUCAGAAACGAAGCCCCACUCAAGAAUAUAUGAGAGCACUUCAAGACCUUCAAGGCUAUCCUCAGAUAAAAUGAAGUUUGCUGAAAGCUUAAAAGGAAUGAUGGGUAAGGGAAUGGCGCUACCUGGUAUGGUGGAUCCUAAUGUAAUAGUCGAAAGCAACGUCACUGAAUCCAAAGAGGAUACAUUGAACGAGUUACCAAAAGAUGAAACAAGGAUACUCAACUCGAGACCCGUUAGGACAAAAGGUCCUAAAGGCAAAAGGCUCCCUAAAACAUUAAAGGAACCUGCGAACAUCGAGUCUGAGCCUUCUUUUCAAAAAUCAACACGUGAGCUUUGGCGAUUAAGUUUUGCUAAGAAAGAACAUCCUCGUUCAUCUAUCGGAUUUGAACAAGUCUGUAUUAAUCACCCGGGGAAAAAAAUAGAAUCCAGCACAGAAGAUUUAAAUGUGGAUUCACUUAGUUUUGAUCAAAAUUGGAAAACUGAGACUUUCUCCCUGCCGAUCAAUGACUAUGAAUCUAAACCAAUCAUGGAUUCUCAAGAGAAUUUGAAUUUAAUUGACUAUCCUAAGUCAAAUGAUAACACUUUGAUUGGUGAAGCUUUAGAGAGCGGUGACUUACCUUCUAUGGAAGAUUCGAUGUUGCUGAGCUCUUCUCAUAGUAACGUGGGGGCUCUGAGUAACGCAGACAAUUCUUCGAAUCAGAUCGAAAAUCCUGAAUUGAAUAAAUCACUGGAUUCAUCAGACUAA